GAAAUGGCAGGUCCAUCAUCGUUUCGAGGGCUGGGUAAUUUCUUCAGCUUCUAACCAGAGUUUUGUUUCAUGUAGUUCAUCAUCAGCUGCCAGUUUCUUCGCGGAUAUCGUUUCAGGUUGCUGUCUUGGACGAGAUGGCGUCCGCACAAAAUGUCGAGUUGGAGGCAGCAAAGUUUCUGCACAAACUAAUUCAAGAAUCUAGAGACGAGCCAGCAAAAUUGGCUACAAAACUCUACGUGAUAUUGCAACACAUGAAGUCGAGUGGGAAAGAACAUUCCAUGCCAUAUCAAGUAAUAUCAAGAGCCAUGGAGACUGUCAUCAAUCAACAUGGUCUUGAUAUUGAAGCUUUGAGGGCUUCACGCCUUCCUCUCACUGGUGGAACUCAGAUGGGUGAUUCUACCACUGCACAAUAUGCGGGCUCCUCCAGUGUUGUUGGUACAGCUAAAGAUUCCAAAAUGGGUAUAUCUGGAAGUGACACCAGAAGUGGCUCACUUGCUCCAAGCAAGCCACCUGUUGCCCCAAGUAGUACAGAUCAUGAUUACUACCAAGGACCUGCAACUCAUCGGAGUGGUCAAUCUUUUGAUCAAGGAAGUCCUUCUAGUUUGGAUUCGAGGUCUGCCAACUCACAGUCACAAGAGAAGCACGAUUCAGUGAGUUGGGACAAACAACUAAAUGAUAAGGAUGGUAAGAAGGGCACCAAGAAGAGGAAGAAGGUGGAUACAUCAGUUAUGGAACCAUCUAGUGACGAUACCCAUCAACUUGAUUCCCGCAAUCCAUCGGUUAAUCCUAGGAAUGUGAAGACAAAUAGGCUCGAACCACCGGCAUAUCUAGUUAAGGGAGGCAAUAUUGAGCAGGUGAAGCAUGGAUUAACAAAGGCUGCUGAAAAGGCUAUUGACCCUCAAAUGUAUUCUGUGAACAGAGGUGAUGGGAUAUCUACCUCGGGCGAAAAAGUUUUGGAGAGUGAACUACCUAUAUCUAGCACAUCAUCAGUUGAUGCUGCGAAAAUGAUUCAGGGUGCAUGGCGGAACAGCGGACCAGAAAUGAGUAUGUUACGUAACCCCGUUUCUAGAGAAGCAGGAAAGCUUCCUGUUUCUCAGGUUCCUACCUCAUCCCAAUCUCGUUUGCCUUUCAAGGAACAACAAUUAAAGCAACUUAGGGCUCAGUGCCUUGUGUUUUUAGCAUUCAGAAAUGGUUUAAUGCCAAAGAAACUGCAUCUUGAAAUUGCCCUCGGGAAUAAUUCUCCUAAAGAAGAGGGGCUUCACAAAGAUGUUGAUCCUAGAGGCAUUGCUCAAUCUUUUAAUGAGGCCAGAAGUUCCAGUGAAGUCAUGAUGCCAUCAGGAAAGUUGGAUGCUGCAAGGGGAACAGGUACGAUGAUCCCAGGCGCCGUAUCUGCCGGAAGAACCUAUGAGGUUGACUCCAUGAAGGAAGUAGAUAAUAGAAGAGAAGAGGAUAACAAGGGUCCACUUUUUGAUUAUUCUGUUCAAGCAGAAGUAAGAAAGCCAGAAGCUGAACUAAUGCGGGAAAAAGCAAUUUCUCAAACAUUCUUGAGCACUGCAUCGCAUCCCCUUGACUUUUCGAGUGCAAGGGGGAGCUUAACUGCAAAUAACGCUCUUGAGGAUUUGGGGAAUAGCAAUCUUCUGAUUGGACAGACCAAUCAAGCCACUGCUACAGUGGGGGAGCGGUGGAAACCUAUCUCUGGGACAUAUGAUCAAUACCAUGCUGUAAUGCCUUUGAGAGAUGCUAGUGUGAUCUCAAAUCUUGCAUCUCAUGAUUAUAGAAAUAUGCCAGAAUCUGAACCUAGAUGCAUCACAGAAGUGCACAAAGUGACAUCUGUAGAUGAAGGGAUAAAUGGCAGCCUAAAUACUAUGCAACAAGAAUAUGAUGGUAAGUCAGUGCCAUCUGAUUUGCUGAUGUCUCGAAAGUACACCAUGUCAGAGAAAUGGAUAAUGGAUCGGCAGAAAAAGAAACUCCUAAAUGAGCAAAAUUGGUUACUGAAACAACAAAAAACUGAGAAACGUAUUGCCACUCGUUUUGAUAAGUUAAAGAGUACUGUCAGCUCAUCAGAUGAUAUAUCUGCGAAAACUAGAAGUGUAAUAGAAUUGAAAAAACUUCAACUCUUGCAGCUUCAGCGUCGCCUCAGGAAUGAUUGUCUAAAUGAUUUCUUCAAACCAAUUUCGAAUGAGAUGGACCGCUUGAAAUCUUUCAAGAAGCACAAACAUGGUAGGAGGAUUAAACAACUUGAAAAAUUCGAGCAGAGAAUGAAGGAGGAGAGGCAAAAGAGAAUACGAGAGAGGCAAAAGGAGUUCUUUGGUGAGAUUGAAGUUCACAAGGAAAGACUUGAUGAUGUAUUUAAAGUUAAGAGAGAGAGGUGGAAGGGUUUCAAUAAGUAUGUCAAGGAGUUCCACAAAAAGAAGGAACGAAUUCAUCGUGAGAAAAUUGACAGAAUCCAACGUGAGAAGAUCAAUCUUUUGAAGAUCAAUGAUGUCGAGGGGUAUCUGCGAAUGGUGCAGGAUGCAAAAUCGGAUCGUGUUAAGCAACUUCUCAAGGAGACUGAGAAAUAUCUUCAAAAGCUUGGAUCUAAGCUACAGGAGGCGAAGUCCACAGAAAGCCGGUUUGGGCAUGAUACAGAUGAUGGAUGCGACGUGAAUACUGCUGAAAAAAGUGAAUUUGCUAUCGAGAAUGAAGAUGAAAGCGAUCAGGCAAAGCAUUACUUGGAAAGUAACGAGAAGUACUACUUGAUGGCUCAUAGUGUUAAAGAAAGCAUAGCUGAGCAGCCAGCCUGCCUUCAUGGAGGAAAGUUGAGGGAGUAUCAGAUGAAUGGCCUUAGGUGGCUCGUUUCGUUAUAUAACAACCAUUUGAAUGGAAUUCUUGCUGAUGAAAUGGGGCUUGGAAAAACUGUUCAGGUAAUUUCCCUGAUCUGUUAUUUAAUGGAGACUAAGAACGAUCGAGGUCCUUUUUUGGUGGUUGUACCAUCAUCAGUUUUACCUGGAUGGGAGUCAGAGAUCAACUUCUGGGCCCCAAGUGUGCUUAAAAUUGUGUAUUCUGGACCUCCAGAAGAGCGGCGCAGACUAUUCAAGGAGAGAAUUGUUCAUCAGAAGUUUAAUGUACUUCUGACCACAUAUGAGUAUCUGAUGAACAAACAUGAUAGGCCAAAAUUAAGCAAAAUUCAUUGGCACUAUAUUAUAAUUGAUGAAGGCCAUCGCAUAAAGAAUGCUUCAUGCAAGUUGAAUGCUGAUCUGAAGUACUACCGUAGUUCUCACAGAUUACUCUUGACCGGGACACCGCUACAGAACAACCUUGAGGAGCUUUGGGCAUUACUGAACUUUUUGUUGCCAAAUAUUUUUAAUUCAUCAGAGGAUUUUUCUCAGUGGUUCAACAAACCAUUCCAGAGUAAUGGUGAUAGUUCAGCCGAAGAAGCCUUGCUUUCUGAAGAGGAGAAUCUUUUGAUCAUAAAUCGACUUCACCAAGUUCUUCGCCCGUUUGUUCUUCGGAGGCUUAAACACAAGGUGGAAAAUGAACUGCCAGAAAAGAUUGAAAGACUUGUAAGAUGUGAGGCUUCUGCAUAUCAGAAACUUUUGAUGAGGAGAGUAGAGGAUAACCUUGGUUCAAUAGGAAGUACAAAGGUCCGAUCAGUGCAUAACUCGGUGAUGGAGCUGCGUAAUAUUUGUAACCAUCCUUAUCUGAGCCAUCUUCAUGCAGAGGAGGUUGAUAAUUUGAUACCUAAGCAUUACCUGCCGCCAAUUGUUAGACUCUGCGGAAAGCUUGAGAUGUUAGAUAGAAUAUUACCAAAGCUAAAAGCGACUGAUCAUCGGGUUCUCUUCUUUUCCACCAUGACUAGGCUGCUCGAUGUUAUGGAGGAAUAUCUUCACUGGAAACAGUAUCGAUAUCUACGAUUGGAUGGACAUACAGCCGGGGGAGAUCGUGGUGCUCUCAUUGAGUCAUUUAAUGGGCAAAAUUCUCCCUAUUUUAUAUUCCUUCUUAGCAUUCGAGCUGGUGGUGUAGGAGUGAAUCUCCAAGCUGCUGACACAGUGAUUAUUUUCGACACAGACUGGAACCCACAGGUUGAUCUACAGGCACAGGCAAGAGCUCAUAGGAUCGGCCAGAAGAGGGAUGUGCUUGUUCUUAGAUUUGAAACAGUUCAAACGGUGGAAGAACAAGUGAGAGCUGCUGCAGAGCAUAAACUUGGAGUGGCUAACCAGAGUAUUACAGCCGGCUUUUUUGACAACAAUACAAGUGCUGAAGAUCGAAGGGAAUAUUUGGAAUCUCUUCUACGCGAGUGUAAGAAAGAAGAAGCUGCACCUGUACUAGAUGAUGAUUCUCUGAAUGAUCUCUUAGCACGCAGUGAGCCAGAGAUUGACGUGUUUGAAACAGUGGACAAAGAACGACGAGAGCAUGAGAUGGCUACAUGGAAGAAGCUGGUAGUUGGUCAUGGAAUUUCUGAGCCUAUUCCUCCCAUGCCUUCACGUCUUGUAACAGAUAAUGACCUGAAAGAAUUCUAUGAAGUAAUGAAGAUAACUGAAGAAGUACCAAAACCUAGGGAGGGAGCCCAAGUCGGGGGGGUAAAGAGGAAGAGCGAAUAUCUUGGAGGUCUCGACACACAUAAUUACGGGAGGGGGAAGCGGGCAAGAGAGGUGCGAUCCUAUGAGGAACAGUGGACAGAAGAGGAGUUUGAAAAGAUGUGCAAGGUUGACUCGCCCGAGUCCCCGGGGCCAAAGGAAGCUGUGGCAGGAGAAUCGUCGACCAGUAUUAGUGGGCCAGUUGUAGGAGAUGUUUUGAAGGAAGAACUUCCUGCUGCCUCCCCUUUGCCUCCUGUUGAGCCUAUGGCUCAGCAUCAAACACCACCCUCAAGGCGAGGUCGUGGAAGACCAAAAAGAGUGGCUGUCGAUAAGUCGCCUGCUCCAGUGGUUUCUCCAUCUCCUUCCAUGGCAGACGACGUGGACACAGGGUUGCAAGGAGAAACUAUUUCAAGCAUUUCUAAAACUGGCGGUCUUGAUUCUUUGCCUAGUGAAGGAACAACAUAUCAACUUGUUAAAGAGGUUUCUGCAAACUCUCAGUUAACUACCCCAGUGCCUUCUAUAAUUCCUGCCUCUGAGUCGGCUCCAGCUUGCUCGCCUGCACGGGUUCAAGUGAAAGGUCAUGGUCGAAAAACUCAAACUGGACAACAACCUCCACGACGAAGGGGGAAAAAACAGGGGCUGGUCCCACCUCCUGUUCCUGGUAGUCUAUCCUCUGAAGUAUGUCAAGAUGAUCAGGGUAAAUCCACAAACCCAGUGGCAAGUCAAGUUAAUGUUGCAAGUGACAUUCCUUCUAGUUUACCUGGUUCUGGCCCUUCAAAACCGGCUGUUGAGCCUGUACAGCCUAGGGGACAAAGUCGGAAGACGCAAAGUGCAGCUGGAGCACCACGACGUAGAGGAAAGAAACAAGUAGUAGCAGCUGCAUUGCCCAACACCAUGGCUGGUGCUAGUCUAAGUUUGAAUGCGAAUUUGCAAAUGAACCAUAUUGAUUCUUCUUUGAGUACUGUCAAUCAGGAAGAUAAACUGGAAGAUAAUCCCAAUAAAAGCAAGGAGACAAUCAGCCUAUCAACUUGUGGUAGUACUAUGGAACCACAAGGGCCUACUCCCGAACAAAACCAAAAUGCUGAUUCUUGUGGCAUUUCUAAUGUGAUCAAGGACGCUUCUUCUGGAGAUUGCGCGUCCAAAGCAAACCGUUCUGAGCACUUGAGUAAGAGUCGUGCGGCCCAGGAUGCAACUGUAACAAAUAAUCGUGUAGAUGAAACACUGAAGAGUCAUAGCUUGCGAGACACAACUCAUCCAGUUACAUCAACUCCAGAAACUGCAGUUCCAACAUGUGGUCCUCCAGCCGUUCAUGUUGCUGUCGGGAUGAGUCCCAAAGCUGUAACAGAUGUUGCUAGAGAGACUGCUCCUAUUUCCCAGCCAAUUCAUUCGUCCACAUCAGUGGCUUCAAGCGUGCAAAUUGCAUCUCAAUGUCCACCACCCGUAUAUGUGGAACCUAAACGGCAAGGUCGUAAGACUGCUAAAAGGGUAGAGCCCUCUCAGCGUAGGGGAAAAAAACCGGCCUCGUUGCCUUCUGUCGUUCUUGAUGGUUCAGCUGGCAAGGAAUCUAAAGAUUUGAAUGUGCUUGUGCAACCAGGGCCAUUGGGGGAUUCAAGUUGUAAAGACAUAGGCCUAAUAGGUAAAACUGAGACUGAGAAUCAAGAAUCAACCAAUGUUCAGAAUCACGCAGGUUGUACCCAAAUUAUAGAUACUGUGGAUUCCCAGGAUCUGAAAAGAAAGGAGCAAGUACCCAAACCUGCUCAACAUAAACAGCUUUUGGCAUCAUCAACAAAGAUUGAUGCUACUGGAGCCUUGGACAAGACCUCUGCAUCAGGCCGUUAUCAAACUGCAAACGUAAAUGACGUUGCUCGGGUAAUGAAGGAAGUCUUCUCUGGGACUGGCUUGUCAAAAGCUAAAGUUGGAGCGUCGUCUGAGAUUGAAAACAAGGAUGCUUCCGCGAUGCCUGUUUUGAGCAAGUCCUCUAUGGAGGUGACCAAAAGUCAUAAAUCAGAGGCUAUUUUAAAUUCCAACAUUCCAGUUGAGGCCCAUGAAAAAGAAUAUUCAGAUGUAGCUAAUGAAAUGAGACCAGAUUCUGCAAAUGCUUUAGAAGAAUCCAUCGUUCCGAAGAUCGAGGAUGACGGUUCUGGAUGUGCGAAGGCUGAUUCAGUAAAUAAAUUGGUUGAAUCAAGAGAAACAUAUGAUGGAUGCUCAACUGUGGUUAGUGGCUCUGCAAUUUCAUCAAACUUCAACAAUGCUGAUCAUAAUCCCCCAGAAUCCUCGCCUGUUUCCUCAAGUCUGGGUGAUUCCAAGGUAUCAAAGGCUCCUGAGGUGAUGGAUAAUGUAUUGGAAAAUGAAGCAAACCCUGUUAGUGGAGGAUCUUUAAAAUCUUAUCCUGAUAGAAGCAACUACGAAGUUCCCUCGCCUUCGAAGAACGAUGGUGUAAAUCAUCCUGCUCCUUCGAAUAACAUGGCAGAACUGCCUUUGGAAGAGCCUUCAGAAUGCCCUCUUGAUAUGUCAAGUAGAUCUCAUACUACAGUGACCGUUGCCACGACUACUGUUGAAAAUGCAGAAAUUUCUGCUAACCAAGCUCAUCCGAGUCAAUCGAAAACUCUUGAUGAUCAAAGAAUAAUUUCUGUGGACUGUCCCUGUGAACCAGCCUCUGAUAUCACAAAGAAAACUCUUGACGUGGAGGGAUUCUCAGAACCAUCAGAAUUUGAUCAUACAAGUCUUGAAUGUCCUGCAACCACAUCUAUGCCUGAAAUGUCGGGUCAAUGUUCGAUCGACUACUCUCCUGAGAAGAUAGGCAUGGAUUCUGGCAGAGAUGAUAAUUCUAAAUUUUCUUUUGAAGUUUCAGUUGAAUUUAUCAAGGCAUCUAACAACACAGAACCUUACCAUGCAGCUGUUGAAACUUUAAAAGCAAGACCUGCGGGGCAAGAUUGUCCCAGUGUAUCUUCUGGUACAACAGAGAAUACAACGAUGAACGAAACGGUGCCUGUUUGUGCUGCAGUUAAGAUGGAAGGUGAUCUUAGACCUGUUAUGAUUGUUGAAACUUCGAUGGAGAAUCCUGGUCAAGAUUGUCAUAGUGUCUGUCAAAGUCUCUCAGCUCAUAGUGAAAAUCUCGAUCAUCCAGAUGUUUCAAAUUUUAAUGAGAGUUCCGACGUAUGUAUGCCAGGUGCUGAAAUUGAAGUUCAAGGACGUGUUUCUGUAACUACUAUGAAUAUUGAGAGUAAACAUAAAGAAGUGAAUGAUACUGAUCCUGCUGUUGAACAUAUGGAUGCUGCCUCGAAGCAGGGGAGGUCUA